GGAGCAGGUUUCCUGGAUCUGGCCGGCGGCAGGUUGCGACCCUAGGCUGGGGCCCUGUGCAACUUGAUCUGUCCGUGAGCCGCUUCAAGGGGCCGGCAGCAACCUCUCUCGCCUCAACUCAGCUGGAAGCAGCAGGUAGAGAGAGCGCAGAACUCAGACAGCAACAGGGUGGGGUGCGAGAUCUUUGCAACUCUCUGCACUCUUAACAAGCGAAAAGUCUGUGCUUCCUAUCCUCCGAGCUGGCUGGCCGGCCGGCCAGGUUGCAGCAGCAGUGAUUGUGACAUGGCACACCGUUCUCAGUCUUCGACCUUGGGUGAUGUAGAUAAUGAUCCCAAUAAUGUCCCACCUCACUACAAGGAGUAUUACCGCAUUGCCAUUGAUAUACUCGCUGAGGAGGGAAUUGAUGCUUACUACCGCUUCCUGGCAGAAGAGAAAGAGGUGGAUUUUCUCAGCAGCACUGAGAUUGAGCACAUUAAUAAGCACCUGAAGAAACCUGUGGUAUUUUUCGAUGAGCUUCAGUUUGUUGUAGGUGACUGUGAUGAAUCAGACUCAUCGGGGACCUAUUGGCCAGUUCACACUGACAUUGCUGCGCCUGCACUAGAUCUAGGCUGGCCGAAUAUUCACAUGUGCAGGGGACCCUCUGAUGUUACUAUCUUUGUGCAUCCACCAGCGCCUGACACACUCAGCAUCAAGGAGGAAGUCAGGAGACUCAUCAGGUCAGCUACCCAGGUUAUUGCGAUUGUAAUGGAUAUUUUUACUGACAUUGACCUGUUUGCUGAGGUAUUGGAGGCUGCAAAUCGUGGGGUUCCAGUGUACCUUCUAUUGGAUGAACUGUUGUCUCAUCACUUUCUGGACAUGGUCAAGAAAUGUCAAGUGAAUCUGAGCCACAUACAUAGAAUCAUGGAUGCUAGGGAAAUAACGGAAACAAGUGAGGAUGUUUUGGACCAUGUACGUAUUACCAGAGAGGAGGUGUUUGCAGCCUUAAAGCACAUUAAAGCCCUGGGCCUGAUCAGCUUUAUGUGGGCCUUUGAGAAGAUUCAUCGCAGUAUCGUUCAACGAUUUCAGGGAGAGCUUGUAGCAAUUUUCGAUGAAGAAUUCCGCAUUCUUUUUGCCCAGUCAAACCCCCUCCCUGGUGUAGAGAAUCUCAUACCAGAACCAGAUAAUUUUUACACUGUGAAACCAUACCAGCCUACUGAUUGGUGGCGACGUAAACAAAGCCCUAGACUUGUGCAUCAAGAGGAUAUGCUUUCACAGCAUUCUGGAUAUUCAUGGGCAGAUCCGGAUCGUGACCAUUUUGGCCAUAGUUUUAGACAGAAUGAUGUUUACAGACAAAUGAAGGAGGAAUCUGGCAUUACAGGAAGCAUGAGGCAGCUUACACAUGUUCAGCAGGAGGAUUUUCAACUUGAUCCUACAUCCAGUGUUCUGCUAAGAGCAAAGCAGAUGGACAUGAAUGCGUUUAAACGGAGAAGUUACGCAGAAGGGACUUUCGAAAGUUAUGAUUCUAUGGUACAUAGAUAUGGACGAAUAAGUGAGCAUUAUGAUGAAUUAGAUGCUAGAUCUGAGCAAUUAUUCAGGGAAAAGAGGUAUCCUUUGGAGCCUGGAUUAACAAGGAAUAGGUUCAGCUCAUUUAACAGUAAGCAUGUAAAAGAUGGCCUGGGAAUACUCGAACGAUUUAGACAAAACAGAACAACUCAGCAUCAGUACAAUGAGUCAGCGGAACAGCCGAGGCACUGGUAUGAUCAAAAGAAUCAUGAGGAGGCUUGUUUGACUGGUUUACCACUCCAUCCACCUCUGGUAAACUAUGAACCUUCCAACGCCUCCAAAGAAGUCCGGCAUGGUUCAAAUGAUUUUGAUCCAGUGGCUGAUGGAAGGCUAGGGCAGAAAAUACAGAAGCGCCCCAAUAUUGGCCAAUCAUAUGCCUGUCAAAAGUCACCAACUCAGAAACAGGUUCUGGAUCCAAAAAUGCUUUUCACAGAGUCCAGUCUGGGCCGAAAAUCUGAUGAUCAGCCCACCAAACAUGGGCUGAGAAGAUGGAGAAUCGGCUCUUAUUUCAGAGAUCAGGAUGAGCACCCCAAACAGCUUGAAGAUGUUUCUGCACCAGAUGAAUCUCAGAACAACAAUGAAGUGCUCCAUGAUUCAAGGCAGAACAGAGCCCCUUUAGAGAAACCCUUGUUCAGAGAAUCUGCACAGAUUACAAGUUAUAAACAUUUGGAUCUAUACAACUCAAAGUCUCCAAAAACAGAUUUGUCCGAUGACCAAUCUCUGUCAUCGGAUAAAGGAUAUGACGAACGGAAUGUGAAGUUGGCAAAACAUGAAUCCAUCCGUAGUAAACUCAACCCUAUGUUGCAAAGGAGCAGACUGCGUUCUUCAUUGAUCUUCAAUAAUUCCAAGACAGAACAGCAUAUCACACAAAAAGGGAAAGGGAUCCAGAGCAUCAGGGAGCAGAAGCAGGAGGAAGAAAAGGAAUCCGAAGGGAUUCAGGAAUCUAAAGCAGCUGCAGAUUUGCAGAAAAGUAGCAGCAAUGACCAAACCAAACCUAUCCAAUAUUCAAUGCCUGAUAGGACGUUCCCAAAUGAGACUUCCAAAACAUCCGAACCAAAUCUCAAAGAGGUUUUUACUGGAAAAAAACUAGAUUUAGACCUGGGUUGGCAGCAGACUGACUCUGCUUUCGGUAGCCAUGACCCAGACACUCAAUCUAGUGACCAGCAUGAAGCAAGGUCAAAAGUAGACCUUCAACUGAGCAAAAAGGUACAAGAUGCCAUUAGCAAAAUGACCCAGCGUACAUCAUUAUCAAAAGAAAUUAAAACACCAUAUAUACAAUCAGCAAAGACUGAAAAGCUGCCUCUGGAAAAACCCGGAAAGGCCAUUAAUUCUGCAGCUAGGCAACAAGAUCCCCCACCCUCUCAGCUGGCUGUCGGGUCUUUGCAGCCAGGACUCCUGCCCUCUGAAUCAGCCACUCUGAAUAAUGCUAGCAAUCCCCAAAGAUCCUCUUCUAGCUUGAAACUGGAGGAUGCUGAUGGCAAUUUAGCAAAGAUCAAGAUGCAUUCAUCUACUCUGUGUCUGGACACAAGAGAGGGUAAAGAGGAUAAGGCAGGAGGGGAAUCCACAAUUUUAAAUUCCAUUUCAAAGAGUCCCUCAAGAUUGAAAAGUUUUCUCAACCUUCCUGGUGACACAAAAUCAAAAGAAAUGCACAACAAUGUAGACCUAGCGCAACCUCUGACUUCAGUCAAAGAGAAUGAGAAGAAUCCUGAAAAGCUAUCAAAAACUGUCCAGAGUGAGGUGGUACUUUCCAAUUCUGAGAAAGAGGAGAAACCACGAAGGCCUCCAGCCAAUCCCACUGCACCCAAAGGUUUACAAACUGUCCAAGGGAGCAGGUAUUCUACAUCUACCUCCAAUGCCCUUUACAGCAGCAACCUUCGAGAUGAUACCAAGGUCAUCCUAGAGCAAAUCUCUGCCAACAGCCAGAAGAAUCGGGCUGAGAGUGCCAAAGUGCAACAUGCCAGCACCAGUGAGAAUGUAACUCCAGGAGAAUCAAAGGAAAAGGUUACUCCUGAGUCAGACAAAACAGACUCUGAUAAAAAGCAGCAGUUUGGUAUCUCAUCAAGGUUUUCAAACUCUAUUAAAAACAAAGGCAAAGCUCAGGCAACACCUGACUAUGUUGAUCCCUUAAUUAAGAGGAUGGACAGUUUUCGAAAAGAGAAACGCGUAUACAGCAGGUUUGAAGUCUUCUACAAGAAAGAUGACUCGUUGAAAACAGAAGACACUUCUGCAGGCCAACAAGGUGACGAAUCACAAGAUUCUAUGGACAUAGAUAGUGGAGACAAAAAGAAAGCUUCAAAAAUAAUUCCCAAGCUUCUUGAGACGCUUAAGAGGUUUUAACGCUCCCUGUAAUUUACUAAACUAGGUGGAGCUGAACCACAAGUACCUAGACUGCUUGUUGCUGGGUGCUGAUAUUGGUGAUUUUUGUUUAAAGGUGCAGAAUAUCGAAUACUGCUGUAAAUUAUAGGAAUGGUUAACCAUAUACAGAUCCUUCAAAUAUCCAAUUUUAGAUAAGUGUGGUAACAUACAGCAAGACAAGGAACAUAGCACUCUGAUCCACUCACUGUAGUGAAAGAAUCUUUGAAAGUUGGAUGAGACUCAAGAGAUUGUUUGGGGAGGAAAGAUGUAGACCUACGCGUUAAACCCUUUCAUUUUACAACCUAACUUGUGUUUAGGAUUUCAUGGUGCUGGCAGAAUAUACACAAUUGUAUAAAGUCAACAACUGAAAUAAAUGAGGUCAGGAAGCUUGUCAUCUGUAGUACUGGUACUUGAACAUAGCCUUUAAUAUUGCUUCACUUUGAAAGAAGAUUCAGCACUCUCAAACUGGGGAAGUGUUUACAAGAGCAGAUAAAAUAUUAAGUUAAUGAGAUUGAUUUUCGUGGGCUUUUUAAGGAAUAGCAAGAGAAACAUAGGAAUAACUGCCUUCAUAUAUUAGACAAGUUGUAGUGCAAGAAGUGACACAUUCCAAAAUGCCAAAGAUGCAGCUAGCCAUACACAAACUUGCAUUAAUAACAUGGGAUCCUCUUCAUGAUUAAGUGGGAAGUUUCAACUUACUUUUGCUUUUUUAAAGGAACAGUUUGUAGUGGUUACAUAUCUACGAUUAUCAAACAAGUGUAAUGUAACCUCAGCUUUGUACAGUGCAAAUGGGUUAGCAUUCUGGGUCAAUUGUUUCUUAUGUAAAAAGCCAGUAAUUUCAGCUACUAGUUCCAGACUGACCAGUGUUAACAUCUAUUUUGUGAAUCUUUUGCACAAGCCAGUUCAGUUUAAAUAUUUUUACUUUCUAUUUCCCUUCCCAUCUUAAGUUAGGAGCUCGUGUUUAAGGUAUAGUUUCACACAUGUUCACAUCCCUCAGAAAAGCGGCUAUUCUUAAUUGUAAGCCUUAAUUGAGACUUUUUGACACUGUUUUGCUCAGUGAUCAUGCACACCGCACUUUCCAACAAGUGAGACUGAUGUGAGCACCCUGUCAGUUAUUGUUUCCUCCCGAGCCUGAGAACACGAGCUAAUUAUAGUCUUUGAUUUCUGCUAACUGCAUAAUGUCUAUGAUAAGCAAGGUUUACAUUGAAUUCUCUCUAUCUUCCUGGUAUUUUUAAACUAGCUUCCUCUUAUAUGCAGCAAUACUAUCUGCUGUAUGCAAGAAUCACGUCUUUGUUUCUUGGUGACUAUCUUAUAUUGCUACAUCUGAUUGAUGAGAUUAACAAGUUCUUGCUUUUCUUCUUCCCCACGGUAGAAGCUCAGUUCCAAUGUGAACGCAUUGAAAGAUGAAAUAACUACACUGUGCUUGUAAGCUUGAUUAUGAACAGCUAUUUGUGCGAUGUAUACCAAAUGUAAAUAUUUUUGAUACUGUGCAAGGUUGCUGCCUAUAUCCAUUCACAAAGCUGUUACUUUGUAAUAAGAAAGAUGCUACAUUAACAAAUGUAAAUUCACUCUGUAUUUAACCUGUGCUGUACUUGUCUUGGGAGUGUUUGGGAACUCCAUAAGGAGGUUUUCUUUCAGUUCAAAACAGUGGAGGAAGCUUUACUCUGUAUCUAACCCCAUGUUGCCCCUGUCCUGGGUCUGUUUGUUGGGGACUGUGUAAAGGAAGUUUUACUCUGUGUCUAACCCUGUGGUGUACAUAUCCCAGGAGUGUCUGAAGGGGAACAGUGUUGAGGAAGCUUUACUUUCAGUUUAAAAAAAAGAGUACAGGCAGGUUUAUAUCUGUAUCUAACCCUGUGGUAUACCAGUACUGGGAGUGUUUGAUGGGGACAGUGUAGAGGUACGUUCUGUCCCUGCCCUGAGAGUGUUCAGUAGUGAUAAUAGAUCUCUGAAAUGCAAAGUUGUGCAAUCUCCUGCACAAACCCUUCAAAAAGUUCAAAGCUGAUGGAUGUGCAGGUGUGGAAGGGGUUUGGGGAGAACAAAUCCACCUUGCAAUGACUGAUAAUAUUGGAAAGAUAAUCUAACAGUCAGACAACAAAUGGUAUAACGUCAGCCUCUGCCAUGGGAAAGCAGGGUUUCCCAUUUCCCUGUGACUGUCUUGGUCUUCAGGAAGGGAGAAGUGUGGAAUUAAGUUAAAAUGUUACUAUUUUGUGUGUCUAUGUAUUUUACACCUAAGAGGGAAUAAUCUUUGCAGUUUAUUAUAUUUGAUGUUCAUAACAUUCCUUGACCAUCAAGACAAGGAAUUAUUUAACUAUUUCUCUGGGAACUCUGGUCACUCUGAUUUAAUUCCAGUUUUCAGAGUCAUGCUGGCUAUGGCAUCUUCGAUGCAUGUAAACACCUUAGCCAGCCACGGAAGACAUUGUAACCAAGCCAGUCUUGCUUUCUACCAGACAGGGUUACUCUGGCUAGUGUUUUUUUUUACAGCACAUGGACUGCAGCUCACCACCACCUUCUCAAAGGCAACUACGAAUAAGAAAUAAAUGCUGGACAGCCAGCAAUGCCCACAUCCACAAGAGAAUUUUUUAAAAGUUGUUCUGCCAAGCGACUGAGUUUGAAUUUGGCCCAAUCCCAGGUUGCACUGUCAUAAGUCUUGCCUGCUCCAAAUCAAGAAAAAAUAUUACCAGUGAAGAUAUCUACUUGUACAGAAGCAAAGUAGAUGUGCAAGACUGCACCUUGAAGUCUUGUGUGCUGUCUGGUCCCCCUGCCUAAAGAAAGAUAUUCUUGUUAUUAAGGGAGUAUAGCAGUGGUUCACCAGAUUCAUCCCUGGGGUGGGGGACUGUCCUAGAAGGAGAGAUUCAGCAGGUCAGGACAGUAUUCUCUGGAAUUUAGAAGAAUAAAGGCGAGCUGAUGGAAACUUACAAUAUCUAGAUGUUCUGAAUAACCAGGCGGUCCAGAACCAGGGUUUACAGUCUAAGGAUACAGGGAAGCCAUUUAGGACUGAGAUAAGGAGAAGUUUAUAAUUCUCUGCCACAGAAAGUGAUUGGGGCCAAAGAGGAGUUAAAUAUCAUUCUUAGAGCUAAAAGGAUCAAAGCGUUAGGGAGAAAGCAGGAACAGAAUACUGAGUUGGAUGAUCAGUUUGGAUAAUUAUCAUUUUGAAUUGCCUACUCUUAUUUUGUAUGUUUCUUUUUGGAUAGACAAGAUUUGGUACAGAAAGGGUGUUUCCCCUAGCAAGGAGGGGAUCUAGAACCAGGGGAACCGUCUGAGUAAAAGGCAAACAGUUUAGGAGUUAGAUGAGCAGGAACACCCUCUUCAGAGGGUGGUGAACUUUUGGAAUUCUUUGCUCCAGAGGGCUGUGGUGUAUCAAUCAUUAAACUCAAGAAAGAGAUGAAUGGAUUUUCAGUUACUAAUGGCAUCAAGUGAUUUGGCAAUAGCAUGGGAACAUGGCAAUGAGGCAGAUGAUAAGCCAUGAUCUAGAACGACCUCCCCCAGUCUUAUGUCCCUGUUUAAGAAUAGCCAAUUGCAUUAAGUAUUUUUACAGGGAUGAGGAAUGCAGACCACAUGAGCGAGUGUCAGGGUAACCUUGCUAUAUUCCAGGAGACAGAGUGACCUGACUGCACCAGUGAGGAAGAGCAGAGAAAAUUGUCUUUGGAACAUUCUCUUUAUCUCCAUUUAACCUAAACACAAAAUGGCCUUCUGAAGGGAACCAUUCCCUCUAAAUUUACUUGCAAAAUCAGGGAUGGCUAUCUGUUUAACCUGAGAAGGUGGGGGAUGGGGCAGAUUAGCAGAAACAAAACAACUAGGAAAGCUUUGACAAACAUGCCAAUAUAAAUGGAACUAAAGUACCUUUUAAACACGUGCAAUGGUUUGAUUACUGAAUGUAUUGUUCUGUAUAUCUCAAUACAAUAUGUAAUAAACCAUAUUCUCUUGUACUUCAGCACAACAGCAGCUAAAUAAACAGCGUAUAGUUUGCACUGA